UAUAAAACUACGCAGUAGAAAGGUUGAUAGUGGAUCUCAAGUGACCAGCGAGAGAAGCCCACGUCUGGAAUUUUUUUAAAUUUUUUAAAUUUUUUAAAUUUUUUUUUACUUUUUCGAUUUUCUUACCUGAGCCACAGUUUGCAUCACCGCCCGAUAGUGGCGCUUUUCAACGUGCAAAUUCUCCCCCUCCAGCCCUCUUUCUUCGCUCCCCAAAUCUUUUCAUCCUAACUUUUGUGAUACCACUUCCCAUCCAUUACACCUCCUCCUUCUCCUCCAUCACUUUUUCUUCCCUCCCACCCUACCUCCUCCUAUCACACCUAUAUCCCUUUUCACCAUGAGUGUUGUCGGAAUCGACUUCGGUGCCCAGAGCACCAAGAUUGGUGUCGCCCGUAAUAAGGGUAUCGACAUUAUUACCAACGAAGUUUCCAACAGAUCUACUCCCUCCCUGGUCUCAUUCGACAACAAAUGUAGAUAUCUUGGUGAGGCUGCUAAGACACGAGAGACCUCCAACUUGAAGAACACCGUUGCAAACCUCAAGCGCUUGAUUGGCCGCUCAUUCAGCGACCCCGAUGUUCAGAUCGAGCAGAGCUUCAACACUGCCACCCUCUGCGAUGUGAAUGGCCAGGCCGGUGUCGAGGUCAACUUCCGUCAGCAGAAGCAGAAGUUCUCGGCCACUCAGCUGGUCGCCAUGUACCUGACCAAGAUCAGAGAUAUCACCGCCAACGAACUCCAAAUCCCCGUUUCCGAUGUCACCAUCAGCGUUCCCGCCUGGUUCACCGAUAUUCAGCGCCGGGCCAUGCUUGACGCCGGUGAGAUUGCCGGUCUCAAGGUGCUGAGACUGAUCAACGACACCACCGCCACCGCUCUCGGAUAUGGUAUCACCAAGCUCGAUCUGCCCGGUCCCGAGGAGAAGCCUCGCCGCGUCAUGUUCGUUGAUAUCGGACACAGCGACUACACCGCUUCGAUUGUUGAGUUCCGCAAGGGUGAACUGAACGUCAAGGCCACCGCCUGCGACCGCCACUUCGGUGGCCGUAACUUCGAUCUUGCCCUCACUGAGCAUUUCGCCAACGAGUUCAAGGAGAAGUUCAAGAUCGAUGUCCGUACCAACGCCAAGGCUUGGGCCCGUACCCUCGCCGCCGCUGAGAAGAUGAAGAAGGUCCUUUCAGCAAACCCUGCUGCCCCCAUGAGCAUUGAGUCCCUCAUGGAGGACGUCGAUGUCCGCGCCAUUGUCAAGCGUGAGGAGCUGGAGACCAUGGUUCAGCCUCUCCUCGAGCGCGUCCUCGUUCCCAUCGAGCAGGCCCUUGCCGAGGCCAAGCUCAAGGCCGAGGAUAUUGACAGCAUUGAGAUGGUUGGUGGCUGCACUCGUGUCCCUGCCAUCAAGGAAGCCAUUGCCAAGUUCUUCGGCAAGACCCUUUCUUUCACCCUGAACCAAGAUGAGGCCAUCGCUCGUGGUAGUGCCUUCAGCUGUGCUAUCCUCUCCCCCGUCUUCCGUGUCCGUGACUUCUCCGUUCACGACAUUGUCAACUACCCCAUCGAGUUCACCUGGGAGCAGUCCGCAGAUAUCCCCGAUGAGGAUACCAGCCUGACCGUCUUCGGUCGUGGCAAUGUCAUGCCAUCGACCAAGAUUCUCACUUUCUACCGCAAGCAGCCUUUCGAUCUCGAAGCUCGUUACGCCAACCCCGAGAUGCUUCCUGGAAAGACCAACCCCUGGGUUGGCCGCUUCUCCGUCAAGGGCGUCAAGGCCGAUGCCAACGAUGACUUCAUGAUUUGCAAGCUCAAGGCCCGCCUGAACUUGCACGGUAUCCUCAACGUCGAGUCUGGCUACUACGUCGAGGACAUGGAAGUAGAGGAGCCCGUCGAGGAGGAUGGUGAUGCCAUGGACACCGAUGCCAAGGGUGACGAGCAGCCCAAGAAGACCCGCAAGGUCAAGAAGCAGGUUCGCAAGGGUGACCUGCCCAUCUCCGCCGGCACCCCUGCCAUUGAGCCAUCCGUCAAGGAAGCCUGGAUCGAGGGCGAGAAGGCCAUGUAUCUGCAUGAUAAGACCAUCGCCGAGACCGACGAGAAGAAGAACGAGCUUGAAACCACGAUUUAUGAUAUGCGUGACCGGAAAUAUGGUCGCUACGCAAGAUUCCUCGAAGAUGAGGCGAAGAAGCAGGCCUUCGAUGACAAGCUGGAUGAGCUCGAGAACUGGCUGUACGAUGAUGAGGGCGGUGCUGACACCACUCUCGAUGUUUAUGCUGCCAAGCUCCAGGAGAUCAAGAAGCUUGUGCAGCCAUUCGAGGAGACCCUUGAGGACGAGCGCCAGCAAGCUCUGGCUGAAGAGCUCGCCAAGAAGCGCGCGGAGGAAGAAGCCAAGCGUGCGGCUGAAGAGCAGGCCAAGAAGGCCGCGGCCGCUGCUAUGAACUUUGAAGAGCGGAAUGAGACGAUGCCGGAUGCUCCUGCUCAGGAUGAAGCUCCCGCCGCUGAUAAGCAGUAAAUGCUUCGCUCCCGUUGCAUCGGCUAUUCCCUCAUCCUUAAUAUUCUUUCUAUAUUAUCAUUGAACACAGCUCUCGCAUAUGCAGACUGAUGCCAAUACCUAUGAACCAAAUUCAAUGAUGUUGUGCGCUCGGUUGCUUUUUGUUUUUUAUCAUUACGAUGCCCCACCCGUUUUUCUUUCUUCCUUCUUUUCGAUUGUCGACAUGACCUGGCAAAAUUCAUGUAGAACGAGAUUUCUUUUGGUUUUCGCGUGUCGCUAAUGGCGUUUCUGUUUCCCCUGGUUGCUCUGCGAGGAUGCUGGUGAGGUGGUGCACCACUUGCUGAUUGAUCACCGCUGUUGGCGCACCCCCUUCCAUCCGCUGGCGACCGGCCGUAUAGAAGGGCGCAUCAAGGCACGCGAGACGGAACCGAACAUAGAUAUGACAUGUGUGGAUAGACUUUGGCUGCGCAAAAGUAAAUGAAUGCCAAUACACAAAGGAUCCCAGGAUAAUAAUGCCUAAUCAUCCCUUUCAGGCUCUGCCUAGUGCCGG